AUGCCAGCAAGAGCAAACCUUCGCAUCCCGUUCGCACCUUGCCGCACUCUCUUUCACCAACCAAGAGUGACGUCAUACCUCUCAUCUCACCCCCUAUCCCCUAUCGCCGACAAGCCUCACCACCAACGACUUCACAAUCGCCUUUCACUUCGACUUCAUAUACACUCCUCCUCCUUCCACACAUAUUCAACUCUAGCAUCCCCUCUCACCAUGCCAAAACGCAAAACCACCACCACCACCACCACUACCAAACCAACCACCACUCGCCAGUCCAAACGAACCAAAACAACCACCCCCUCAUCACCUCCAUCAUCUCACCCCGCCAUGUCCCCCCUCCCAAAAGCCUCCUCCCUCUUCACCCCCCUCCCCCCCUCAAAAACCAACCGCCUCCUCGAACCCGGCCCCAUCCUCCUCGUCUCAACCGGCAACCCCCAAACCCAAACCCACAACCUAAUGACCCUAGGCUUCCACACCAUGAUCUCCCACUCCUCCCCCACCCUCAUAGGCCUAACCCUCGGCCCCUGGGACCAUUCCUACUCCCUCCUCUCCUCGUCAAAAGAAUGCGUCCUCUCCAUCCCAAACCUCACCCUCGCCAAAACCGUCGUCGACAUCGGCAACAUCUCCUCUUCCGACCUCCCCCCCUCCGAAACAAAAUGGGACCGUUUCAAACUAGACCCCAUCCAAGGAGAAAAGGUUUCCUGCGCGCUCGUCGGAGGUGACGGCAUAAUCGGGAAUCUAGAGUGCAAAGUGGAGGACGAGUCGCUAGUGAAGAAAUACAACUUUUGGGUUUUGAGGGUUGUCAAAGGGUGGGUGAAUGAGCAGAACUUUAGGCUGGAUGGGACAGCGGUCGAGACGGACAAGGGGAAGAUGAUGCAUCAUAGGGGCGAUGGGAGUUUUUUUGUUGGUGGGGAGGAGGUGCUGGAUUUGAGGGGACGGAUGACAAAGUGGAGGAUGUUGCAGGAUUAA